AUGGCAUCGAGGCCCGCUCGGCCAAAACCCCUAGACUGGGUGACUCCUCCACCUCUCACUGUCUUUAUCCGAAACCUCAAACUCCUCCAGCUGGACCAGCGCGACGAUUGGCCUGACAUCACUCUCCGCGCACUAUCCCCGUCAUCCCAGAAUCAACGACAGCGAAUCCGCCUGGUAGAAUGGGCUCUCUACUAUCUAUUCGCAAUCUGGGAUCCAGAAUAUGCUCAAAAUGUUCGGGAGAAGUUUGAUGAGCUACUGGCUGUCUUCUCGACCGCCGUCCUCCGCAAACUUCUUGCUGUUUCCGCACUGGAUACACCCUGGAAUCCAGCCCUGAAGGUCGCUACUGCAGCAGGUAUAUCCCCGACGGACUAUCAGAAUCUCCUGCCGUUAGUCCUCGCCCACCAGGUAUCUCUUGGCGCAACAGGGGCGCGCCGCGCACAGGCGCACGAGACAUACGACCAAUUCUCGCAACUUCUGGAUAACAAGAAGGUAGAGCUUACGCAGCGAUCCAGUCUUCAAUCCGAAAAACUUCCGAACUACGAAGGGGUAAAAACGGCGGGACUGGCUCAAGAGCUUCAAGCGAAUUGGCUGGGCAGCGAGGAGUGGGCUAUCACUUUACUCGAUGGUGGAUCACACAGCAGUACAGAUGGGUUCUUGGAACUUCCAUUCUCGCAGGCUUGGUCACGCGCGAAAGAUUCCAGUUUGGAUGGUCUAGGUGGAGGUGUCAAAUCCGAUCUGGUCGUUGACUUGGAGGCACGGGUCGUGCGUCUACGGAGUCGCCUGCGCCGAUGGCAUGAAUUUAACGAUUCGCUCCGGAGUGAGCGUGGCGAUAACCCUAAUUCAGCUGGAACUAUAUCCAAGCCUCGCAUGCAGUUUCGAGAUCACCAAGCUAUGACGGUGGCCAGUAUAGCUAAAGCGGUGCGGCGGCCUGGUGACCGUGGAAGGUCGCUGAAAGAAACAGAUCAGUCCUUCAUGUCGAGUGUCAAUGAAGCUAUAGCACGCAUCAAUGUCAAGGUAGAGCGCUUCGAAACUCGCCCUGUCCGGAAUACGGAACCUCUAGCCUCACAGUCACCACCGUCGGUCUCGUCAGAAGAACCAAAUGAUCAAAACAUAUCACCCUCACCUCUGGAGAUGACCAACCCCAUCAACCCAUUCCCAACCUUCAGUCCCCCAGAUAUUCAAACAAGUGACUACCAGGAGAAUCUACACUCAUCGCCUCCAAUCGUUCGCCUCUCUCCAGACCAACACUCCACGGAACAACUAGAUUUGGACCAAGAACCUGAACCCCUAAAGCAACGACAACAGCCACCACAAAACUACACCUUAGCCGAAAGAACCCGCAAAUCAAUGUCCCUCAUUCCACCCCUCCCUGCCCACGAAAACCCCCGACCUCGACGCCGCGUAUUCCCUCCCGCGCGUCGACACCCCCAGGAUCAACUCUUCCAAGAAGAUGCGGAUUACGCGAGUGUUUUCAAAUCGAGACCGCGGAUUGCGUUGAGUCCCGUCUCCUCGCCUGCAGUCCAUGUGAGUCCCUCCUUUGACGAGGAUGAAGAAUUCGACUUGGUGUACGAUGAUGAUGAUUACGAUGAUGCGGAGCUGGAGGCUGCGGAUUCACCUUUGGCUGCGCAGCGGGUGAGACGUUUUUGA